UCAGCAGGGCGUUUCAGAGGCAAACAGUAGCCGUCUCCCUUAUCUGACUCGGUCCACCCUCAGCUGGACGGCGGCUCCUUUUUCAUGCAGAUGACAUGACCUUCUGACGUGGGGGAAAAAUGAACAAGCCCAAAAUGGCCACGGAGAAGGGUGUUCCCAGUAACUCCAGGGUGCUGAUGCUCCUCAGCCAGCUGGAGAGGAUGAAUGGGGAGGCCAUGCUGAGAGAUGUAGAAACGGCAAGACAGGUCACAGCAAAGAUCCUUCAUCUCAUACAGACGCAGGCGGUGAAUGCCAUUUCUUUGGGCAAGAACGGCGUGGUAGAACUCAUGUUCAAGAUUGUCGGGCCGUACAGCAAGAAGAACACGAGCCUCUUUAAGGUAGCUCUGGAUGCACUGGGAGCACUGCUCAAAUCAAAAACUAAUGCUCGCCGUGUGGUGGACAGUGGCCAUGUGCCCGCUUUGCUCGCACUGUACCUAGAUUGGCAUCGCAACGACACUCGACACCGAUGUAUGUUGAUUCGGAAAGGAUUGCUGGUCUGCCUCAGAAACAUAACCAACAUCAAACUGGGCCGGAAGGCAUUCUUGGAGGCCGACGGCAUGAGAAUCCUCUACAACUCCUCCACUGAGUGUCUACCGGUGCGGACGCUGGACCCUCUGGUCAACACUUCAAGCCUCAUCAUGAGGAAGUGUUUUCCUAAGAAUCGCCUGCCUCUGCCUACCAUCAAGUCAGCUUUCCACUUUCAGCUGCCGCAUGUCCCACCGGGGGGGCCUGUGGCUCAGCUGUACAGCCAGCCUCCUGGGGUGGAUGAUGUGGUGGAUGAAAGUGAUGAUAACGAGGAGCCAGAGGCAGAGACGGAUACUGACAACGAAGAAGAUAAGGAUCAGUGUAACCUGAAUGAUGAUAUUGAAACAGAUAUCAACAAGCUACAUCCCAAAAGAACCAUUGGAUGCCCAUUUGAGGAGCUGAAGGUCUAUCAGAAGUUUUUCUCAGAGCUUUCUGAAGACUUUCAGGAUUAUAGCUUUGAACUUUCAAAGAGUGCCUCUACUACAUCUUCAUCAACAUAUCUCUACUCAUCAUCAUCAGCUCGGUUCUCCCGGCCCGUCGUGGUGCCCACGGCCCAAACCCCGUCCCCAAAGCAAAUACCAGAUUCUCAGGACGUUUGCAACUCUGUCAAGGAACAUCAGACUCUGCCCUCUCCUUCCCCCACUAGCUCUCAAACUCCUCUUGACCUGGACGCGAUCCACCUGCGUAAGGACAAAGAUAAGAAGGAGGACGCCAACAUUCCAACCCCCGACGGACACGCCGCUCCCCCCUCCUUCUGCAGGUCUCCCUCUCAAGACCACAUGAUAGAACAGGAGCUAUCCCAUCCACUGGAGUGCGUCUCCCUGGAGGACAAAGAGAAUCAGAGCGCGGAAGCCGUGUCCGAGAGGGUCAGAAACGAAGGAUCCCCAGUCAACAACUUGAGACACAUACAGUCGCCUUUGCUCCUGGGUGGGUUUCCAGUGCGUCGCGUAGGCGGGGGAGGCAGCAACGUGGGUUCGGAUUGUGGCUCGGAGGGGGCCGAAGACGAAGGAGGAGAAGCUGCGGUCCUCGAGGUGCCAGACACCGCUCAGCUCCUGCCGCUCCAUGACCCGGACCUUUAUGUCGAAAUGGUGAAGGGGACGCAGUCAGUCCCGCAGUAUGCUGAGGUGGCCUACCCAGAUUACUUUGGUCAUGUAGCUCCAAUGUUUAAGGAACCUCUUCUGGAGAGAAUCUAUGGCGUUCAAAGGUCCAAGAUAUUUCAGGACAUUGAGCGGCUGAUUCAUCCUAAUGAUAUCCUGGAUAAAGUCGUUUACGACAUUGAUCAUCCCAGUCCUGUGAUUGAAGAAAACGGUGAAUCGCUGAAGUUCAACUCUCAGUUUGAGUCAGGCAACCUCAGGAAGGCCGUUCAAGUUAGAAAGUAUGAGUAUGACCUUGUUCUGAACGCGGAUAUCAACAGUAAUCACUACCAUCAGUGGUUUUACUUUGAAGUAAGUGGCAUGCGAGUCGGGGUUACGUACCGUUUCAACAUCAUCAACUGUGAGAAGUCAAACAGCCAGUUUAACUAUGGCAUGCAGGCGUUGAUGUACUCUGUGCAGGAGGCCAUCAGCGGCAGGCCUCGUUGGGUCAGAACAGGAACAGACAUCUGUUACUAUAAGAAUCACUUUGCAAGAAGUUCUAUUGCAACGGGGGGACAGAAAGGGAAAUCGUAUUAUACUCUGACCUUCAGCAUAAACUUCAGCCAUAAGGAUGACGUCUGCUACUUUGCCUAUCAUUACCCUUACACAUACUCAACGCUUAAGAUGCAUCUUUCCAAACUGGAGGCCAUGAGGACCCCUCAGAUCUACUUGAGACAGGACGUUCUGUGCGAAACCCUGGGCGGAAACACUUGUCCACUUCUAACCAUCACUGCCAUGCCCGAGUCCAAAUCCAGUGAUCAUAUCUGUCAGUUCAGGAAUCGGCCAGUGAUCUUCUUGUCAGCCAGAGUGCACCCCGGAGAGACCAACGCCAGCUGGGUGAUGAAGGGCACGCUAGAGUUCCUCAUGGGCACCAGCCCGCUGGCGGUGAGCCUGCGAGAGGCCUACAUCUUCAAGAUAGUCCCCAUGCUCAACCCUGACGGAGUCAUUAACGGAAAUCAUCGUUGUUCUCUGAGUGGAGAGGACUUGAAUCGCCAGUGGCAGAACCCCAAUCCUGAGCUCCACCCCACCAUCUACCAUACUAAGAGCCUGCUGCAGUAUCUUGCAUACAUACAAAGGGCACCGCUGGUCUUCUGUGAUUACCACGGCCAUUCCAGAAAGAAGAAUGUCUUCAUGUAUGGCUGCAGCGUGAAGGAGACGGUCUGGCAGUCCAAUAUCAGUGCAACCUCGAGCGACUUACAGGAGGACCUUGGAUACAGGACUCUUCCCAAGAUCCUGUCCCAGAUCGCCCCCGCCUUCAGCAUGGCCAGCUCCAGUUUUGUUGUGGAGCGCUCCAAAGAGUCAACUGCACGAGUUGUUGUUUGGAGAGAGAUUGGAGUGAAGCGCAGUUAUACCAUGGAGAGCACACUAUGUGGCUGUGAUCAGGGCAAAUAUAAGGGACUCCAGAUCGGCACCAGAGAGCUUGAAGAGAUGGGAGCUCAGUUCUGUGUGGCCCUGCUGAGGCUCAAGAGGCUGACUGGGCUCCGCAAUCACCAACAUUUGUUGGAUUUGGAGAGUGAUAUCAUCGGAACACACUCAAAACCCGUCAGCAGCUGCACAACUACGUAUGUGCUGGAGGAGGAUGAACCGUCCUUUCUGGAGGCGAUAGACUACAGCGCGGAAAGCAACGACGACGACGACGCGGAGCCUGAAAGCGAUCUCUGUGGCGAAGUCCAGGAGAGUUUGGAUCAGCUGUCGGACUCUGAAAGCAAUCACAGGGACUAGUGCUAAUCCUCCUUCACAUGUGGUGGUUUGAGCUUGUAACUAGUGCUUGGGUUAUUAGUUGAGCAAAGUUAAAAGAUUUCACUACAAACAGAAAGAGGCCUCACCUCCCACCUCGUCUUGCGCAUAAAAGCCUUUGUCACACCUCAACUAUGGGAUGGAUUAGUUUUGGUCAGGCCACUCUUAGCAGCUUGUUGCUCUUGAAGGUGCAAACACCCUCUGCCUUUCUCUUCAGAUAGACCAGUAUUAAUUAGCAGCUGCAAAAAUCUGGGACGGAUUUCACUGAAUGUUUUCACCUUUUCAGCACUAAACUAUAACCCUCCUAAACCUCAGACACCAUACAGCCUCUGAGAUUCACAUGUAAAUAACCAGAGCGACAGGCGCCGCUGUAGUUUAGGGAAACCUCUAUCACCUGCAACAGUUUGAUGAAAACCUCCCUUCAAGUGAGAGAACCCACCAGCCUGCCUUGUUCAUGAAACAUCAGGUGACUCGUCCUUGUGUUUCAUGCUUUAAAGAUCACCCGACGUCAUUCGUAACCCCUCUCUUCCCAGUUGAUCACAUUUAGCCCAAAUUGAAACUCUUUAUAUCACAUGAAUGUAAAACGUUCACUUCUUUAAGAAAACGGACCUUAUACUCGAUAUAUAUAAUCAAGAUAUCAACACAGACUCAAACAAACACGCACAGCAGUUAGACGUUUAGGUUGAAUGUAUACUGUCGGUGUUAUUUGUUCUCGUAAUCCACAGUAUUCUAAAGCAGUAUGAACAAUAAGCAUGCGCGUCAGAAACCAAAAAAAAAAAAACAUCCUUUGCACUGUUUCUACAACUAGUAAACACUUGAAACCAACAACAAAUUUGAGUGUAAAACAUGCUUUAUGUGUUACAUAUAACCACCUCUGAAGUUCUCAGAGCCCAGUAAAAGGGUGAUGCUCACAUUGUUGUGAUGUUAAGAAAAAAACGAGACUGGAAAUUUUGCCACCUUUUUUUUAUUUUAUUUUUUUUUUAUCUUUUUUUUUUUUUUGAGUGCAAGUUUUGCUCAUUUGUAGAAUGUCCUGUCAAUGAAAGCAGAUGGUACUGCGUGUUAAGAGUGGGAAAUAGUUUGGGAUUUUCCUUUUUAAAGUUUAUGGAGAUGUUUCUUUUUGGUUUGUACAGAUGGUGCACGGCUUAUUUGUUUUUAUUUGUAUUAUUUUUAACAUAUGCAGUCUUUAAUAUGCACCCUGCAUGUUUGUACGACUCGUUUCUAGUGUAUGAAUUCAAAUUGUGUGCGCCCAUGAUUUUAAGUUAUUCCAUUAUUCUGCUCAGCUCUUAAAGUGUGCUUCUGUUUAUCACUUUCCCUUUGCCUUUUUCAUUUCCUGUCUUUUCUUCCAUCACAGACCCUUUAAUCCUCUUCCUCUGUCCUUUGGACUUCAUGUCCUUUUCAAAUUUUGCCCAUGAGCAUCUUAAUAACCCUGAAAAACCCUGAACAGUGUGUGUGUGUGUGUGUGUGUGUGCGCGUGUGGUUAUUUUGUUGUCAUAUACAACUGUGUGCUAUUUUAUUUAUGUUUGGAACAGUUGAUGUUUACACUUUGUGGGCUGUAUUUUAUUUGUUGGCUUGUAAACCAGCAGAAAUAGGCUAUUUUAAAUUGUGUGGCAUAAAGUUGAUGGUAAAAGUAAAGUAUUGGGAAAUAAAAUGUGAAUAUGAAAA